UCUCUCUCUCCUCUGUCUAGAUUUUUAGAUUCUUUAAAGAUACUUUUGUAACUGCUCUGAAAUUCAGUGCAGCUCUCACGAAUCCCAUCUCUCUUUCUUUGAGUAUAGCUCAUUUAAUUCUUGCCGAAGCCAGCUAUUUAGGAAUCAUCUUUCUCUGUCUCUCUAUAUCUCUCUAUUGAAUUUCUCCUUAUAGUCUUGUGAAAGUGGUUUAUAUAUAUAUCUUUAGAUUUGCUAAGCCAAAGCACAAUACUGAGAGAGACCCACUGAAGAAAACUUUUCUGAAGAGGUGACCAAAGAUGUCGGAUCCCUCCGGAAAGAAGAUACCCUUUAUCAACCUGUCCCUUUUCACCAAUCUAUCUGAAUCGAUUUCGUCCGAUCAUGGCUCGAAAUCUCCCAACUCUUCUUCUCCGAUGGACUUCAAUUUCAAGGCUCAGGCGAAAUCUCCGAGGAAUUAUUUCGACGGAAAUGUUGUUGGGCUUGGAAUCGUCGCUGCUAUGAAUGAAAGCAACGAUACCCGUGAAGGUUUUUACUCUUCUAAGAGUAGCAGAACUGCUAAAUUAGCGGUUUCGCCAAGAUCACUGCCCAUUCCGAUCGUUUCCGCUAAACCCGUCUCUAAAUUUAGCGGACCCAUUUCAGAGACGGAUGAGAUGGAGUUGUCUGAGAGCUAUACUUGUGUUAUUUCUCAUUUUGGGAACGAUUCCGUCAAGAAACGUGAGUACUUCGAUGACAAGCUCAAAGGUACUGUUACUGCCGCCGCCGCCGCCGCAGUGGCCGCCGCCACUGGUGGCAACUGUGGGUAUUCACAAGUCUUCCCUCCGUCAUCUCCACCCAUGUAUGCUGGGGUGGUGGGGACUGGAACCGCAUUUCAGGCUGCUAAUUUCUUGAACUCCUGCUACCUGUGCAAGAAGAAGCUUCAUGGGCUGGACAUUUUCAUGUACAGAGGAGAUAAGGCUUUCUGUAGCGCAGAAUGUAGGCUCAAAAAGAUAUUAAGUGAUGAGCACAAUGAGAAGUGUCUUUCUGGAGCACUGAUGUCUUUUGAUUACUCUGUUUCUCCUUGUUCAGCUCCAGGGUUCUAUCCAGCAGGGGUUGCAGCGGCGUAAUAGAUCGACUGUAAAUCCAUAGUAAAUAAGACAGAAAAGAACAAGAAUAAAAUGGGGGCUACCCAUCUGAGUAAUAGACAUCACCAUCACCAUUGCCGGCCUAAGAGAAAAAAAUAUAUAUGUAGAGAGAGAGAACUUGAAAGAGCUUCAGCAGGUCAUUGAUAUAGAUUGGGUUCAACAAGAAAUUUAUUUGCUAAGGAGAGAAGAUUGAGUGGAUAUGGAAUUGUUUGGAUCCAAUUUUGGAUGAAAGAAAUUGAAGGCCUGCUUUUUUCUUU